AUGGGCGCACACCAGUCCCAGCUCCUGGCCAACAAGGAGGACCAGGCCGCCUCCCUGGACUCCCUCUCCCGCGACGUCGGCCUCACCAACGAGGAGCUCACUCGGGCGCUAAUUCGCUUCCGGCGCCUGGACGCCGACGGCUCCGGCGCCGUGGACCACGAGGAGUUUGCCGCGGUGGCUGGCGUUUCGACCAACCCCCUUGCCCGGCGGAUCAUUCAGGUCCUGGACGCCGACGGUGGCGGCGAUGUGGACUUCGCCGAGUUCGCGCGGGCACUCAAGAUUUUCAGCACCCGCGGGACGCACCUGGAGCGGCUGGAGUUCAUGUUCCGGGUGUACGACGUCGACCGGGACGGCUUCAUCAGCCCCGGCGACCUGUUCCGCGUUCUUCGCACCAUGGUCGGCGACAACCUGGGCCCGGUGCAGCUGCAGCAGCUGGUCGAUCGGGCCAUGAUUUCCGGCGACCAUGACGGGGAUGGUCUCAUCAACUUCGAGGACUUCCAGAAGCUGCUGAACUCCAGCGGUGCCGCCCCGGAGGUCCUGGACCAGAUGACCCUUGCCCUGCUCUGA